AUGUUGCCAACUGUAACAAGAUUAGGUGCACGUUCUGUAUGGAAAGGUCCACAUAUUGUUCCAUUACCUAUUGCCAAAGCCAUUCAAAAUAAGACAGCUAUUAGAACAAAUGCCAGAAAUAGUACUAUUAUUCCACAAUUUGUUGGCUUGAAAUUUGAAAUACAUAAUGGUAAAGAAUACGUCGAGGUGGAAAUAACUGAUGAUAUGGUGGGAUCAAAGUUAGGUGAAUUUGCUCCAACUAGAAAGAGAUUCAUGUAUAAAUACUCCAAGAAUUAG